CGCUCGCACGAAUCUAGCUAGCUAGGCGAAGAGCUCGAGCAAGACGGGCGGGUCGGCGGCGCCCCCGCGGGCCCGCUGCAGCGCGUCGGCGGCGCGCCAGACCCAGGCAUCGGCGGCGCCCGUCGUCGUCUCCUCGCGGUGCCGCCUCAUGUGGCCGCCCAGCGCCUGCCCCAUCUCGAAGCCGAGCCCGCAGACGUGGCACUCGUGCUGCGCCUGCGGCUCCCUGUCUCCUCCUCCGCCUCCGCCGCCGCCGACGCCGUCGCCGGCCUGCUGAUGAUGCUUGUGCUGCUGCCUGAGCGCCCUGGCGCCGACGCCGAGCUCGAGGCCGUGGCGGCCCCGCAGGUGGCUGGUCCGGUGGCCGCCGAGCGCCUGGAACGAGGUGAAGGCGCGGCUGCAGGUCCUGCACACGAACAAGCUAUUCCAUGGCGGAGCAGGAUGGCGACGCGGGGCAGAGGCCACCCGACUCCGUUCCGGUUAUUAUAUUGGUUUAACCUUGGAUCGCGUUAAUUCGGGCCAUGAGGAGGUUAUUCCGGUGGUUUGAUAUCGGAUCUCGUUAAUUCGGGCCCUGAGGAGUUUGUGCGGGUUGAAAUCCCCAACACGCUAAUUCGUUCGGGAACAUUCCUCGGUGCUAAUGAAGACUCAACUAGAACCCUUGCAGAAAUCGAGAAGAAGAUUGCAAGGGCUACCGUGUUACCCAGAAAUCAUGGGGAGAAUGGGAGAAACUAUGUUCCCAUAUGAGGUCUCCUAUUCUUCAGCUGAAGAUCAUACUUGCUGUGGAGCCUUUGAUCCCUUCAGAGGGACCAAGGAUUGGAGAGAACAUUUUCGGUUACACGAUAGUGGACAUCUUCAGUAGCAGCUGCCGUGGCCACCAUAAGAAUCCUCCUUCAGAGCCAUAUGUCCUUGAGGUUGGGGUUUUGCAAGAUUAUGUUGGAAGUGGAGGCUGUGUGCAAGGCGUGACAGCGUGUCGUGGUCAAGGACCCUAAGCUCUAGCGCCAAAUUCAUAUCACAUUUGUUCUAGAAUGAGAUCAUGAAUGGUCCCUGGGGUUGGCCUGGUUCACGCUCCAUUCUCAGUGCGUUUUCCGACAUCGUUCUUCAAGCAAGCAUGCGAGCUGGCUCCUAUUUUCACUGAGCUUGUGGAUUGUGUGAGCUUAGAUGGGGAGUCCUUGCAAGCUGCUUUGUCUAGAACAAAGCAGGUUCAUGAAUUUACCGCAAGGCUGCUAGAUAUUCAUGAUAAGAUGAUGUUGAUAAAUAAUAAAGAGGAUUACCAAUGCUAGAAUCUGUAUGGAUUCUAUCAGCUGUUCGCCUACUGAUGCUUAUGUGCCAAUUUAGUGAGACUGGAGUCAUACACUCCAUACAAAUCUAUACAAAAUCAAAGUGGUUGGCAAUGCAGUGAUGCUCGGUGAAAUCAUAAACUACGUGCAGUCCCUACAAUGACAAGUUGAGUUUAUGUCCAUGAAACUGGCCACCGUGAAUCCCCAGGUGGACUUAAAUAGCCUGCCUAACGUCCUCCCUAAAGAUGUACAUCAGUCUUGUGGUCCGCCACAUUUCUCGCUGGAGACCUCAGACGCUUCGUUGUCGUACCUCAGCCAGCCUCACCAUGGAAGCCCUCUUGGCUGCAUGGACAACCAGAGUUGUAUGCAUCCACUUGACACGACGUUUUGCCUGGCGAUAAAUCCGCAGUAUCAUUUCCUCAACGGUGUUAGCGAUGCAUCGUCUCAGUUGCAGCUAAUUUGAUGCUUGUGUUUAUGGAAACCAAGAGGUGGCGCUGAUCCAUUGGAAACCUGGUUGUGUAUGAAUGGGUUUCCAGCUACUUCUAUUCUUGGAGAUAGAAACCAACAUGUUUGGUUUUUGUUUUUAUUCGCUUUAGAACAACUCAUUUUUGUACGAAAAGAGGCAUUUAGCUAUAAUUGUUUGUUGUAGUAUGUUUACCGCAGGAUAGCCGUUCCAUGAAAUACAUAAAAACCUGAUACUGUUGUUAUAUUUGGUUUAGUCAUGCUCUUAUGGAACCUUUAAUGAGGAUUUUUCUAUAUCAAGAUAUCAUCGUCAUCGUCAUUAUUAUUGCAU